CGAGCUGCGCUAUGGCUUGCCCUCACGCGCGCAUAUUUAGGCUGGAGCAGAUGUGCGUCAACCACACGAGUUUAAGAUGUCCGUGGAGGCGUUAGAGAAGAAUAAGACGAUAGACUUGAGGAAGAGGCACAUUGGACCAUCUUGUAAGAUUUUCUUCAGCCAUGACCCAAUCAAGAUUGUGCAAGCCAGAGGGCAGUACAUGUAUGAUGAAAAAGGACAGCGAUACUUGGAUUGCAUCAACAAUGUGGCUCAUGUGGGCCACUGUCACCCCGAUGUGGUGAAGGCAGGAGCUCAACAGAUGGAACUACUCAACACCAACACACGUUUCUUGCACGACAACCUUGUGAUGUAUGCCCAGAAGCUACAGGCAACAUUGCCUGACAAGCUGUCUGUGUGCUACUUCGUCAAUUCUGGCUCUGAAGCCAAUGACCUCGCCCUCCGUCUAGCAUGGCAGUACACGGGCAACAAAGAUAUCAUCACGCUGGAAAAUGCCUACCACGGACACGUUUCGUCACUUAUUGACAUCAGUCCUUAUAAGUUCCACCAGCUGUCAGAUGCAGAGCAGAACCAAUUUGUCCAUGUGGCUCCAAGCCCAGAUGUGUACAGAGGCAAAUACCGAGCGGAUCACCCUAAUCCUGCCUCUGCAUAUGCAGAUGAUGUCAAAGAUAUCAUAGACAAGGCACACAAGAAAGGAAGAAAGAUUGCUGCUUUUAUUGCAGAGUCAUUACAAAGUUGUGGUGGACAGGUCAUCCCUCCGAUGGGUUACUUCCAGCAAGUAGCAGAGCAUGUCCACAAAGCAGGAGGUAUUGUCAUAGCAGACGAGGUCCAGGUGGGAUUUGGCCGGGUUGGUUCUCACUUCUGGGCCUUCCAGCUUCAAGGAGAGGAUUUUGUUCCUGACAUUGUCACGAUGGGAAAGCCCAUUGGCAACGGCCACCCGAUGUCAUGUGUGGUCACAACCAAAGAAGUGGCAGAGGCAUUUAUGACCUCUGGAAUGGAGUACUUCAAUACGUUUGGAGGCAACCCGGUAUCGUGUGCUGUGGGUCUGGCUGUCCUAGAUGUGAUAGUGAAAGAGGACCUGCAGGGUAAUGCGCUACGAGUAGGCCGGUACCUGUCCAGUCAGCUGGAACAGCUGAAACGGAAGCAUCCAUUGAUUGGAGAUAUCAGGGGCUGUGGUCUGUUUGUUGGGGUGGAGCUGGUGAAGGACAGGGUGACGCUCACUCCGGCUACAGCAGAGGCCCAGGAAGUCAUAUAUAAGCUGAAGGAGCAGCACAUCCUCCUUAGUGCCGAUGGUCCUCAUCGCAAUGUGCUGAAAUUCAAGCCUCCGCUGUGCUUCAGCACAGAGGACGCUGACCUGGUGGUGGAGAAAAUCAACUUUAUCCUUACAGAGCUGGAAGAAGCACAAGGCUUGAAGGAGCACGGCAGCCCCAAUAUAGAGACUGAAGGCAGUAAAAGAAAGCUGCUGACUGAUGAAAAUGGACACCAGAAACACAGUGGUCUAAUACACAGCAAAGGAAGUGAUCAAGGAGCUCCUCGGCAAUUCAAACAAAACAAACGCCUGAAGACAUAAAGAUGCCUUUUGAACAAAAUGUCUUUAACAAUAAGAAGAAAGUGACUUGUAGGGGGAGGCAGCAACUUCUUUGUUGUGUAUUACUAAUCAGCUGUAAACCGAUUUGCCUGUGUUGUCAGGUCCUCAUUCUUGCCUCCUUUUCAAUGUGUAAUCGCAAUGAAGUUUGUUUUGAAGCGCAUAACCUGACAGAUUGACUAAUUAUUGAUUUUAGCUGCAUGGGCUUGUGAUUAACAGGCACAGGGAAGGUAGCUGGGGUUCGACUUAAUCUGUAGAACUUUUAAGCAUAGACUUUAUUCUAUAUUAACAAUGUUUUCUUUAGUUUAAUCAAACUUUAUGUAUCUUAAAGAUAUGCAAUGCUGUGAUAUUAAUUUGGGUAUGGACCCAGUUCAUAACAAUAAACUCUUUGUAAA